CGAAUUGAAUGCGUCAAUUUCAGCGACCUGGCAACCCUCGCCUACACAUGAUCUUCCUUGUUUUCCAACAUGGUAGUCACGAGCUAAAAGAAGGAAUCAGAUCCAAAACUUUUACAGUAUAUAACAGGUUUUAGAGGAUCUUGCACAAAAAUAAGCGGUUUUAUUUGAGUCUUUAUUGCAGGAUUAUUGUUGGAAUAAGAUGCUGACGCCUCUUCUGGAUUUUCAGACUCGUUUAGCUGAUAUUAUGGACACAUUGGCCAAAACGGCGGUGUUAGAGAUCAGUAAACUUGUGGAGCUGGAAUGUAAAAUCCUCUUGUCUGAGGUAACCCGAGGUCAACACGAGGUCGACUUCCUGAGGAAAAGACUGCAGCUGAUGGAGAAACACAUGUCAACAAAUAAUACAUCUCAGGUUGGAAACACUGGAACAUCAACCCUGUUUACAUCAGUACAGGAGCACAGCUCCAGAGCAGAGAACCACACCUCCAGAGCAGAGAACCACACCUCCAGAGCAGAGAACCACAGCUCCAGAGCCAAGAACCACAGCCCAAGAGCUGAGAACCACAGCUCCAGAGCAGAGAACCUCAGCCCCAGACCAGAGAACUACUUCUCCAGAACAGAGAGCGAGUCUUUUAUUAAAAGAGAGUGUGAGCUGGAAGAGUUCAGCAGAGGAGACGUUGAUCUGAUCGAAGCCACUGGGACCACUGAAUAUGGCCAUACUGAUAGAGAGAAACAGCAUAACUGUUUGCAGCAGCAUCACAGAGAAAAACAGACUUCUGAAGUGAAGAUUAAACAGGAGGGGUUCUGGGAUGAUGAAUUAAGGGGAGAGAAGACGAGAGACGAAGUGAACAGCACUGAGGAAACAUCCAGCAGACAUCUCAGUGAUGAAUGUGCCGACAGACAGAAUCAGGCUGUGAACACUGAAUUUUCAGCUCAUUCAGAAGACAGAAGCUGUUUUGAAAAUAUCUUUCAUGCUCCUGAAGGAUCAGAGAAUGAACCUACACAUGUGUAUCCCGUCCCGAAGCCGGUCAGGAGACGUGUGGCCUCCAGAUUUGAGGAGGAGAAGCGCUUCGCCUGUCCGCUCUGUGCAAAGUGCUUCAAGUGUUUCAGCCAGCUUGAAAUCCACAAGCGGAGUCACACGGGUGAGAAGCCGUACAGGUGCACGCUGUGCGGUAAGAGGUAUGCACAGAAAGGUCACCUGUACACACACCAGCGCACACACACUGGAGAGAAGCCAUACCGCUGCAUGCACUGCGGCAAAGCGUUCAUCCAGAAGUGUUCUCUGGACAUGCACCAGAGGACUCACACCGGAGAGAAACCCUUCAUCUGUGUCAAAUGUGGGAAAGGCUUUACCAAGAAAUUCAAUCUGAACAAACAUCUGGCUGUACAUUCAGAGGUCACAUCUGGCUUCAGUGAUCUGAGCGGCAGAACUGUGAACGGACCCGAGCUCCGUUCUCCAAACGUCUAAUUGUAUUUGACAUCCUGACCUUCGACAACACUUUAACAUGCUAGCUAUCUUUUGUUAAAAUUACCUUCCACAUUGUUAAGAGAAUGUUUUAUUCCGCUACGUCAUUUUAUCUGGCUAAUGAGCACAAACUUGUGCUAGCAACCUGUGGAAAGGGAAAUGGCUAAUAAAUAGCUCAUGUUACCUAGCUAAUAUUUACACAUGAUCAGACCAUUCCUAUAAUAUUAGCUAACUAACAUGACCUAGCAAACCAAUUGCUAAUACAUAAGCUACAGAACUAGAGUGAACUAAAACAGCUAAUUCACAGAUUUGUUAUCUAGCAAACUAAUGUUAAGUGACGGUAAGGUUAUAUAAGGUUUAAAAUAAGUUCAAAUUAGCUAAAAAGUUGUUACCUAGCAUUACCUUACGAGCAGUGGCUAGUUCUUAGUUAUUGUUUGUUAGAUGAUAUGAAUGUUGUUAUCUAGCUAACUAACAUUAACUGAAACAGCAACUUAAUUUUUGCCAAGAUCAUUAAUUAUCACAAGUGUCACAAGAGUCACAUGUUAAUUGGACUGGAUUGCUGUGAUUUAGCGAGCUAGCUAUCUUGGCUAAAACACCUUACCACAAUUUAACUAACUAACCGGCGCUUAACCAUCUUAAUAUUUAAUGAUUCUGUGUGAAAUUGAUAAAACUUUCUGAAUUUUGCCUUUUUUUCUAGUAAGAUAUUUGUAAGGAUAAAAAACCUUAAGUUGCCAACCAAGCUCUUUUUUAUCAACUAAAAUUUAGUAACAUGUUUAAAUAUAACUAUGCCCCAAACAUCCUUUUGUAAAAUGUUUUAUUUAAAAUUCAAACACUAAACAAAUUAUUAGAUGACUUGUCUAUUGUUAGCUAGCCAACACAAUGAGAACCACCAUUUCACUAACUGUACAAUCUGAACUAUUAUUAUGUGAUUUCAGCCAAACAUUUAAGUAUAAAAAUGCUGAAUGAUUUUCAACCCUUCCAGCUUUAUCAUAUUUUCCUCACACCUUUUACAAAGCUGCUAAUCGAUGUCGCUCGGUUUGAAUGUGUCUCAAUGACCCUGCCAAUGUCUAAUCUGCUACAGCAUGGUACUGCAGGAUUGUGCACUCUGAUUGAUGAAAUAAUGGAGUUUUAUAUUAAGUUUAUCUAAAAAUCAAAUGUUUCCAGGAUAACGGCUCACAGAUUCACCAGACUGAUGUAUUUAUGUGGAAAAGUAUAUUAAAAAAUGUCACACAGUCAAA